UGCAGAGCAGAGGACAUCUGUGUGAAAAUAAAACAUACCCACGUCACAGAAACAGGAGAUAUUCUGCUUUCAUUUUAGUUAACAAUAAAGUUAGCAAUUAAACAGAAAACACCCUGCAAAAGACUACACCGGUAAUUUUAUGUAUUAGUGCCAGAGGACAGAGAUCUUAGGAAUGACUAGAAUUCACCCCCAGAGAAGGAGUAUUGAUGCCAGUUCAUUUGGAUCGACCGUGUCUACAUAUUCUGAAAAAGAUUGCUAUGAAGACUGCACAAACUGCAAGUGCUGCACCAGACGAUGCAUUCUUAUCUGUGUAGUUGCAUUCUUGGUACUUGGAACUAUUGUUGCAGCUGUAGCUUGUGUAAUCAUCUUUGCACUUCCUCAACAACCUCCAGUAAACCGAUACUGUGCAGCUUCAAGCAAUCAAGCAGGCUUUCUUUGUGAUGACAGAACAACAUGCAUUGAAGCUUCUGAGCUCUGCAAUCGGAUAAAGAACUGCCUAAAUGGCGAGGAUGAAGAUGCAGAUAUUUGCAGUAAUGCCCCAAACAAUCUACCAGGAUAUCUAAUCUUCAGAUGUGCAGAUCCUCGAUUUUGGAUUUUUAUUGAUAAGAAGUGCAAUGGUAUUAAUGAUUGUGGAGACUGUUCAGAUGAAUCAGGACAAGGGGCAAACUGCCCAGCAUGUGGAUCCCAGUGGUGGACAUGUGUAUCUGUCUUCUACCAGUAUUGCAACUGCAUUCCCAGGAGCCUUUGCAGAGAUGGUAUACAACACUGCUCAGACUGGUCGGAUGAAUUUACCUGCACAAACUAAAUACAGAAGCAGAAACAGUAGUAGAUGCAAGAAAGUGCACUGCAUACACUUUACCUGUAUAGUUUAUUAACUGCCAGUUUCAGUAAUGUCUCAUCUUGGUUAGAAAACAAACAAACAAACAAUGAAAACACCUGUCUUUUUGCAGAAUUUUAAGAAAAACAUAAUUAUGUUUGAUAAAUGACAGGAAACACAAAGUUAUGUUUGAUGUAAUUUCUAAUCAUCAUUUUUAUGGGUAUUACUACGUCAGUAAUGCCAGUAUGUGGCAAUUACAUUCACAACAAAAUGUAUUUUGUGCGUUAUGUUCAGAGAUGGUAUUACUGUCUGAAUACCUACAAAUUCUGAUUAUUUCAUUACUUUACAAAGUAUUUCUUGAUGUAUUACUGUCUUUUUUUUUGGUUCUAUAGCACAUUUUAAUUCACUAGUACUGUACAGUAAAAUAAAGAUAAAACAACAGCCAUAAUGGAAGAUGAGAUUAUCAGGGAGUUAUGCUGUUUCACGCUUGUAAUGAAUAACUUGACAGUUACUUUUCUUGUCACAAUGUUUCUCCCAGCCAGACUAAUCUUUUUGUCCCAGUAAAGCAAUCAAGAGUUCUGAUUUUAUCAAUCAGUUGUGCACAUAGUUACCAUCUAUUUGCAUUUAUUGUCCUGUAAUGCUCCAAACUAAUGUUAUGCAGUGCAAUGCUACUGACUUGUUUACCCAAAGAAUAUCUCAAGGUAGGCAGAAACUAUCAGUGUAAACAGACAUUGAUCCUUGCCUCCUUAGAGAACUAUCCAUUCCUGUGAUUUCCAGUAAACUAUGGGAUCCUCUGAUUUAUACAGGUAACAUUUACUGGAAACACUGUACAAGGGGAAUUAUAAUUUGGCAUCAACGAUUAUACAUUCUAACAGAAAAUACAUUACUUUUUGGCAAGGUCUUAAAUAUUUGUAUUUGUGCCAGCAUGAUUAUCUAUAAAACAUCUUUAGACUGGGCUCCUACCCUCAAAGACAAAAGAGCAAACUCAUCUUGAAUGUAGAGAAACAGAAAUCAAUUUUAGUGUAAUUUUUUUAUGCCUCAACCUAUACCAAGAAUAAAUUGAUCACUUUUAUAAAUGAAGAAACACAUACUCUUUUUCACUCUGAAAUCACCCCAGCAUUAUCUACUUAUGUUUAUGUUAUUUAUUUUACUCUAAAGAGAACUGAAAUCUACACAAUUGUGUUUCAGGUGACUGCUUUGUAAAAGUUGAACCCUCUGAAUUUACAAAGGUCCUUCUAUCUUAAAUUCCACUCUAACUUCAAAUGAUAUUAUCCCUCUGCUGCUUCAAGAUAUUCUCAUGACAU